AUGUAUGCACAUCCGGCAAACGCCACUAAAUCCAGGCUGUGUAGACUUAACCUCGAUGCGGUGUCACAGUGGCGACUCAACUACUUCACACGGGACCAGACGGCGUCGGUGGUGGACUACAUAUUCCUGAUCAACGUCAACAUGAUGGCAUUCGACGCAAAGUACUCGAACCGCUGCCUGGACUCGUUCUGUGCCGAUCCGCUGUGCAGCGAGAUCCAUGCCGGGCGCGUGUCGGAGGAGGACAGAGCCAAGGCGUUCCGGCGCGUAAUCAACGUGAUCAUGAACGAGGCUGUGCGUGUGCGGCUGGUGACGCGGGAGCAGAAGAGCGCAGUGCGGGCGCGACUGGUAAAGUCUGUGUUCUCGUGCGAGGACCGGAUCAACGCGAUCCGCGAGAUUGCAGUGCUGAUUCUGCUGGCGCAAGACGAGCGGCACCGCGACUUUGUGCAGUAUGCGCUGGUGAACUUUGGGCAGACGUGGGCGCCGUCGGAUGCAUCGAUGACGGACGUGGACGAGGACUGCAAUCUGGACCCCGACAUGGUGUACCGCAAGGCACUGGGCGCCAUCAACAACACGUACCUGGAGUCGAUUCUGGAUGUGCGGCGUCUGGGCAUGAGCAUCAGCGUCGAGGAGGUGGCCAAGCUGCGCGAGCUGUGGGCGCGAGCCAGCACUAAGGUGCCCACCGCAGCGGUGGUGACGCUGCCGAUGCUGCUGCACCUGCUGGUGCACUGCUCCGAGUCCGAGCUGCAGGAUGCGCUGCCGCAGGCAGGCGUGUCGGCGGCGGCACUGGCCAAGACGGCGGGCGGCAGCGGGCUGACGGGGCGGAUCGAGCAGGUGGAGGAUGCGGCACUGCAGAUUGUGCAGAACCUGGGCCUGGCGUGGGAGCUGGGCGACAACCCGCCGCGCGACCUGCGCCAGUUCUGCAUGGUUUUGUUGCUGGAUCUGGGAAGCGUCCUGUCGAUGCUGCUGGUGGCGGAAACGCAGCCAUCUGACCAGCCCGACUCGGACCAGCAGGAGAUCGGCACGGUGGAGGACGGGCUGUUUGCGCGGUGGUGGGACGUGUGCGAUGCGGUGGUGACAUACGAGCGCGCGCACCGGCACUUUUACGUGGCGUUCCUGAUAACAUACAUCAAGGUGGCGAGCGAGAAGCUGCUGGCACAAAAGGCCGACUUCAACCCUGAGCUGUUUUUGACCAUGGUGGUGGAGCUGCUGACCGAGUUCCGCAAGCGCCGGCCCGACUACGAGGCCAUAGUGAUUACAGCCGACGGCCGCGUGGCCCCGUCGUGCCUGGUGGACAGCGGCACCGCCAGCGCGCGGUCGUCGGGCGGCGAUGCAGCCAGCGGCGGCUCUGUAGCCAAGCAUGGCAAGGCUCUGGACCGCCGCACGCGCGAAGAUAUCGGCGCCGAGUUCGACCGCCUGUUUGCGUGGGUUGACCAGCAGCUGCCAGUGACGAACCGUGUGCGGGCGCUGUCGCGGGCUCAGUCGCCGCGCAGCAAGACAAAUUCGUGGCAGCAGGCGCAGAGCAUGCCGCGGUCGACGUCGUCGGCGAGCGUGGGCUACGGCAGCGCGACUGGCGGAAACCGCGUUGCGUCGCCGGUGCCUCCGAUGCCGAUGCCGCGGUAA